AUGUCUGACCAAGUACGAGCUGAGUAUCGAACUCGAUUAGGCGCAUCAAUUGAUUGUACUCGAUUUUUAUUACGACAAGGUCUUUCAUUUCGUGGACAUAAUGAGACUGAUGAUUCAAAGAAUCAAGAUAUAGUAAACUGCAUUGCAACAGAAAUUGCUAAUAUAGUUAUAAGAGAUGUGAGUGACAAACAAUUUUCUAUCUUGAUAGACGAAUCAAGAGAUAUAUCUUUAAAGGAGCAGAUGUCGGUUGUAUUACGAUAUGUGGAUGAAGGUCAUGUGAUUGAACGAUUUAUUAGAAUCACUCAUUUCAAUAAUACAAGUGCCCUAUCACUUAAGGAAGCUAUUGAUGAUUUUUUCUCUCAACAUGGGUUAAGUAUUACCAAUUUGCGAGGACAAGGAUAUGAUGGAGCAAGUAAUAUGCAAAGUGAGUUCCAUGGCUUGAAAUCACUUAUUUUGAAAGAAAAUGAAUGUGCUUCUUACAUUCAUUGUUUUGCUCAUCAACUUCAAUUAGCUCUUGUAAAUACUGCAAAAAAUCAUGUAGAAAUUGUCGGUUUUAUUGUUAAAAAUGUAGUGAAUGUUAUUGGAGCAUCAGUGAAACAUCGAGAUAUUCUACGAGAGAAACAUAGCAUGAAAAUUUGCUUCUCUAUAUGGGUUGUUUGA